AUGACUUCCAAAGAGCGCCAAACAGCAGACAAACUCGUCACAGCCUACAACGCCAUGGACGUCUCCUCCAUAAUCGCCCUGCGCACACCAGACUGCCAGCGCGUCUUCCUCCCCUCCACCCUCAAACACCCUCCUCAAUCCAACGCCUUCUUCAAACAGAACCUACUCGCCAUCUCCGCAAUCUUCACCUCUUUUAAAAUUGCUGUCGACGACGUGAUCGAAGGCACGUCCUCCGACGGCAGCAAGCGCAUCGUCAUGUACGUGUCAGCUUUUGGUGAGAGCCCCGUGGGCGAGUACAAGAAUCAGUAUGUUUGGAAGAUGGGGUUUACAGAGGACGGGGAGUUGAUCAAGGAGUGGACUGAGUUUGUGGAUGUGGGGGUUGCGAGGGACUUUUAUCCAAAGCUGAAGGGGGAGAUGGUGAAAAGGGCGGCAGCGAGUGAGAAUGAGGGUGCAGCUGUGAAGUCGCAGGUGAAGAAGGGAGACGAGCUGAGGCAGGCGACGAGAGAACAUUACAUGGGGAUGCAGGGUGGGGAGGGAGGUGUGAGAUAG